CUGCUUGUACCUUUUGCCAGGGUCCUUCAGAGAGCUCCAAAAACAGAAAAAAGGGACCUUAUCGUGGCUGAAGCGCAUGAAUCGAGUUCCGAGGCUCUCUUCCUUGUUAGCAUGGACGCCAAGGCUCCGACUGGCGCCUCCUUUCAAGUUCCAACCUCCGCACCUCUUCACUGUGUGUAUGCAGUCCCAGAGGUAUCUGGACUGACGCACGGAGUAGCCCCGAAGCAAUAUAUUUCCAGGGGUAUAGACAUUGUCCAAACAUUCUUCCCAUCGGUCACAGUCGCUUGUUAGCAACAAUACGAUUCGAUGCAAUACGGCCUUCAUUCGCUGUCUGCUGUUUUGUCUGUUUAACGCAUAUAUGAGCAAGAACGAUUUGAGCUGCUUCGUUGAAUACUCUGUGAACAUGGGAAGCCUUGAAGUUGCUGAAAGGCAGGACCCUCCCCUCCGAACACAUCGAAAGUCAUCGUCCUCUCAUUCCGACGCAUCAUCCGAUUCGGAUUUAUCUUCACUCGAAUCCACCUUGCUAGCUGACGAUAAUGUUUAUCCAUCAGGAAAGAUACGGGAGCUGGAGAAGGAAGAGGACAGAUAUCGUGAUCUCGAGGAUGGUCAUCCGCAUCUGGAAGAGCCACUUCUUGCCUCACGAAGAACCAAAACGUCCACUGGAAGCCGCUCUUCGCGAGUCAUGUGGACGCUGGGACUACUCUGUUUAGGAGGAUGGGGCCUUGCCUUCAUACUAUUUUUGGCCCAACAGCGAUCCUCUGCAGCUGCUCCGUCUGAUGCUAUCCAUGAUCUGGACUCAGCCACUGGGAGCAGUCGUGGGAAACCAGUGACGUUGAACCAAGUCCUCAGCGGUGAAUGGCUUGCUCAAUCCCACAGUAUUUCUUGGAUCCCAGGAUCCAACGGUGAAGAUGGACUUCUUGUUGAAGUGGGCGGAGCUGGCAGGGGAAAAGGCUAUCUGCGGGUUAAUGACAUCCGAGACCGCAAAGGAGAGGACGAUUACUCUAACAGCAGAGUACUCAUGAACAAUUCCUAUGUGCAGGUAGACGGGGAAACUGUCUUCCCCGAUAACGUCUGGCCCAGCAGGGACAUGAAGAGCGUCCUGCUUCUAUCUGACCAGAAAAAGAAUUGGAGACAUUCGUACGUUGGACGCUACUGGCUCUUGGACGUCGAGACUCAGGCGGCGCAACCCCUGGAUCCAGCGUAUCCUGAUGGGCAGAUCCAGCUCGCCGUUUGGUCUCCAAGGUCGGACGCAGUCGUCUUCGUGAGAGAUAAUAACAUGUAUCUUCGGAAACUGUCUACCAAAGAAAUAGUUACAAUUACGGAGGACGGAGGCAAGGAUCUAUUUUACGGUGUUCCUGACUGGGUAUAUGAGGAAGAAGUCUUCGCCGGAAAUAGUGUAACGUGGUGGUCUAGUGAUGGGAAGUAUAUCGCAUUUCUUCGAACGAAUGAGUCGGCUGUCCCCGAAUACCCUGUUCAGUACUUCUUGUCUAGACCGUCCGGCGAGAAACCGCCACCGGGAUUGGAGAACUAUCCUGAGGUGAGGCAGAUCAAAUACCCUAAAGCUGGUGCACCGAAUCCAGUCGUCAGCCUGGAGUUCUACGACGUCGAAAAGAGCCAGACAUUUGCUGUCGAGCUGCCUGAAAACUUUAGUGACGACGACCGGGUAAUCAUCGAAGUGGUCUGGGCAUCUGCGGGCAACGUUCUUGUCCGGGAGACAAACCGAGAAAGUGAUGUCCUGAAAGUAUUUUUGAUUAACACGGAGUCCAGGACUGGAAAGCUUGUGAGACAGGAGAACAUCACAGAUCUGGAUGGGGGCUGGGUUGAGCCUACUCAAUCCACCCAAUUUAUCCCAGCCGAUAUCACGAAUGGACGCCCAAAUGAUGGCUAUAUUGACACCGUUGUCGUUGAAGGGUAUGAUCAUCUAGGGUACUUCACGCCUCUUGACAAUCCUAACCCCGUUAUACUUACCUCUGGUGAGUGGGAGGUGACUGAAUCUGCGGUUGAUAUACAAAGAGGGAUUGUCUUUUUCAUUGGCACAAAGGAAUCUCCGAUAGAACGUCAUCUCUACCAGGUUAAACUUGAUGGAUCGGAUCUCCAGCCACUGACAAACACCUCUAAGCCUGGAUACUAUGACGCAUCAUUUUCAAGCGGCGCUGGGUAUGCAUUGCUGAGUUAUCGCGGCCCAGAAAUUCCCUGGCAGGCUGUGGUUAACACCCAGAGCGAUAGAAUCGAAUACGAGCAGUUCGUCGAGGAAAAUAAUGAGCUUUCGCAAAUGGUUAAAGAACACGCCCUUCCCAUUGAAGUCUAUCAAAACGUGACAAUAGACGGCUACACGCUCCAAGUCGUGGAGCGUCUCCCUCCUCAAUUUAACCCAGCAAAAAAGUAUCCUGUUCUCUUCUAUCUGUAUGGUGGACCAGGCUCGCAGACUGUAGAACGUAAGUUCUCUGUCGACUUUCAGUCAUAUAUUGCGUCAAGCCUGGGUUAUAUUGUUGUCACGGUUGAUGGCCGGGGAACGGGAUUUAUAGGUCGAAAAGCCCGGUGCAUAGUCAGGGGCAAUUUAGGCCACUAUGAAUCGCGAGAUCAGAUUGAGACGGCCAGAAUCUGGGCUAAGAAGGAGUACGUCGACGAGACUCGCAUGGCGAUCUGGGGCUGGAGCUAUGGUGGAUUCAUGACUCUGAAGACUCUAGAACAAGAUGCCGGCCAGACAUUCCGAUAUGGAAUGGCCGUUGCGCCAGUGACAGACUGGAGCUUAUAUGACUCGCUCUACACAGAGCGCUACAUGCAUACCCCUCAGCAUAACCCAUCAGGCUAUGCCGCUGCCUCAAUUUCAAAUGUGUCUGCCCUGGCGGAGACUACGCGCUUUCUCAUAUUUCACGGCGUCUCAGAUGACAACGUCCACAUGCAGAACUCGCUUGUUUUGAUUGAUAAACUGGACCUGUCGAACGUUCUUAACUAUGACGUCCAAGUGUUCCCAGAUUCCGAUCAUAGUAUAUAUUUUCACAACGGCCGUAAAGUGGUUUAUGAACGCCUAUCAAGCUGGCUCAUAAACGCCUUCAACGGCGAGUGGGAACGAAUAGCGGACCCGGUCCCAGAAGAAACCAUAUUUGAGAGAUUCAAAAGAUCUAUUCCGUCGUUAUUAGGCUAGAAAUGUCUUAUUUUCCGCACCUGGUGGAGUUAUACGUUGUAUGAGUCCGGUUAUGAUCUUGGUUGUUUUCUCGCUAUAUAUAUAUAUGCCUCGAGUUCUAAGAUAUGGAAAUACAUUACGAUAGGGUGGACGGUAGAUAUAACCAUCGGUUGGAUAUUGCUAUUGCUAUUAUCUCAAUUGAAGAUUCAAUUAUACAACCAAGAUGAGCGUUGAUUAGAACAAAUGAGCUGGGUUACUAGGGUUUAUUACCUCUUCGACAGAUAAAUAUAGCUUUCUCGAUAGCAAAAGAAUAGUACGAAAGCCAGUUAACAAGUCUCAACCCAAUUAUCUAAAUCCAUAUUCUUAAGCACCGUCGAGAAGUUCCCAACUCCUGGGUAAUCGCAGAACUCCAAUUUCUUCUGCGCCGAGACACUCUGGUUGUUAUCCGUAUCCUCGCCCUUAGGAUACUCAAUAUGAAAUACCGGCUUUCCCACCCUCGUAAACGCAGAAUAAAUGACACACUCAUCGAACUCAACACACUGCUCGUUCACGCUCCAUUGCAUAUUCCCCAACACAGACGGGAUGAUAUCUCCCGCAUUCUUGAGUCCAACAGACAUAUUUCUCGCAUGGGCCUCCUCAGCAAGCCAAUUCACAUAGUCCACCGAAUCUACCUCCGUCAGUCCUAGCCCGUUGUCGUUAUCGUAACCAUCGACAUUGUCGGGAUCUACUCCAUCACAACCCUUGCUGGCAGCAAGCUCUAGACGAUUCAGCAUGAUACGACGCACGUCCGACGAGCUGAUAUUGACCCAUUUCUCGUCUGGCCAUCCAUCCAACGUGUUUCCAAGAUCAGACUGUUGAAACUCGUCCUUAUCCGGCCUCCAGUUCUCGUAGCUGCCCGCCGAGAAGUAGCAGAUUACUUUGCGGCCCAGUCUAUGUAGCUCGGCGAUAAUAGACGCAUUGUUGUUGAAGAGAUCGAUGUCAUAGAUGGAGGCAUUGUAUGAAGUAUCGUUGAGCGGAUACUCUAAUUCAAUCUGCCAGGUUGUGCCCACCAUUGGUUGCCAUUUCACUGUGGCAUUGGGCUGUGCGGUCUCGUUUCCGCUUGAAGGAGGAGGGGGUGGUAGUGGUGAUGGUUCACUAUCAUUUUCGUCUCCACUGCCAUGGCCCGAUCCAACAACUAGACCGAUUCCAAGACCUAGAGUAAGGGCAAAUAUGGCGAUAAGACCUAGCCCAAGAAUUAUGAGCCUUCUCUUGAAGGGCCAGGAUUUCCAUCCAAGGAUACUGGUGGAGGAGGCCUUGACAGCCUUGUCCGGAAUGCUAUACAUGGGUAUAAUGACUCAGAGAGUGAACUGGAGGAGUCGAUUGUGUUGAUUGUCAAAUAGUAACAAAGGCUAAGGAGUGCCUCGAUGAACUCAUGGACAACGUACGGAAACGUCAGUGUAGAUCUGUUAUAUAUGCCAGUAGCAGAACAGAAGUUGAUCAUAUGGUAACCAGAGCAGAUAUAUUCAAGAAAGGAGGGGAAAAUCCAGAAGCACCGCAGGAUCAAGGACGUUGUCACGAAACUGCUAACUCGAAAGGCCAGCUCACUAGUCCUACCUACAGCCAGACUGUUCUGAACCGUGGCAGCUGCCAGUCACUUGUGAGACCCUGAAGAUCUCAAAAGCAUGGCAGAGACGACGAGCCUCUUCAUUGCCAC